CCAGCGGUGACCCCUGUCCUCUGCCCUGCCAGCAGUGACCCCGGCCCUCUACCCUGCCAGCGGAGACCCCUGUCCUCUUCCCUGCCAGCAGUGACUCCUGUCCUCUGCCCUGCCAGCAGUGACAUCUGUCCUCUGCCCUGCCAGCAGUGACCCCUGUCCUCUGUCCUGCCAGCUGUGACCCCUGUCCUCUGCCCUGCCAGCAGUGACCCCUGUCCUCUGCCCUGCCAGCUCUGUGACCCCUGUCCUCUGCCCUGCCAGCUGUAACCCCUGUCCUCUGCCCUGCCAGCUGUGACCCCUGUCCUCUGCCCUGCCAGCUGUGACCCCUGUCCUCUGCCCUGCC